GCAUUAGCAUUGUUUACAGCUCUCCCCUCCCCCUCUCAGCUUUAGUAGCUCCUCCUCCCGGACAAGCUCGCACCAGACUGCGGCUGUAAACUACAAUCGUUGCAGAUCUGAAAGUACCAGGCCCUCUUCAUGAAACCUCAUCCAGAAGAUAAUAUAAACCGUUGUUACGGACAUCUCCAGGUUGGACUAAAUGACGUGAUGGCUAGCUAGCGAGCGAUUGAGAGCUAGCUGGUUGGUAACAGACUAACAGUCCAGCUAGCUUCCUUUUAUUCUUUCUAAGAGCUGCUUUCUUUAAUCCACGUUGGUUUAUACGAUGAUCGACUGUCGGGGGAAAUUUUUCGUUUUUGAAACGUAUAGGUCACUGAAUCCGGCUUGUAAAUAUAUACGGGUCAUCAUCGGUUAACCUGUUAGCUGGAACUGCUGGUUAGCACGAUUAGCUGUUAGCACGGAGCGGCAGGCAGAAACACAUUUUGCGUUUUAAGUAUUUCUGACUAAUAUUAGUCAACCCGUUUGACAACCGAGUUAAGUGUAGCAGCCCACAAAGGUAGUUUGGAUUCGGAUAUGUGCUGCAGUCUGGAACGAGCUUCAUGAAUCUGGGUCCGGGUCUCUGCGCUUCACUGACUGAUCAGAUCUGGUUCUCAGGUUUACUCGGCCCAGUCUUCCGUGCACAUUUGCAGGGGCUCAUUGGGGUCAUGCGGAUCGCGGAUCUGGAUUCGCUCCGUGCCUAGGUCUCGGUUAAAGCGGACCGGGUGUUGGCAGGAUGGCGUUUCACGGUGCGGGUCGGCAGGCGGUUUGUGGUGACCUGUUUCAGGGCUCCGAGCUGGGCCACAAGUAUUUCUGUGUCAACACCGCCUGCGGAGCCCCCUCCACGGGCCUCAGCGCCACACCGUGCCUGGCAGGACCCACAGCCCCGGCAGGGACUCCCCGCCACCCCACGGCUCUGGGAGGGAGCACCGGCGGGGGAGCGGCGGUGCCUCCACCCUACAGCAACCCGGCCAGCGAGGUGCCCAGCCCCGCAGAGAUGGAACCAGACCGACCCAUCGGUUACGGAGCAUUUGGGGUCGUGUGGUCUGUUACAGAUCCCCGUGACGGCCGUAAAGUGGCUUUGAAGAAGAUGCCAAACGUCUUCCAGAACCUGGUCUCCUGUAAGAGGGUCUUCAGAGAGCUGCGGAUGUUGUGCUUCUUCAAACACGAUAAUGUUUUGUCAGCUCUGGAUAUUCUGCAACCGCCACAGAUUGAUUGCUUUGAGGAAAUCUAUGUGAUAACAGAGCUGAUGCAGAGUGACCUCCAUAAAGUCAUCGUUUCUCCGCAGCCUCUCACCACCGACCACAUCAAGGUCUUCCUGUAUCAAAUUCUCCGAGGUUUGAAGUACCUUCACUCUGCAGGGAUCCUGCACAGGGAUAUCAAACCUGGAAAUCUGCUGGUCAACAGUAACUGUCUGCUGAAGAUUUGUGAUUUUGGGUUGGCCCGGGUGGAGGAGCCUGACCCGUCACGUCACAUGACCCAGGAGGUGGUGACCCAGUACUACAGAGCACCAGAGGUGCUGAUGGGUUGUCGGCACUACGGCUCAGCUAUCGACGUGUGGUCAGUAGGCUGCAUCUUUGCGGAACUGCUGGGUCGACGGAUCCUGUUCCAAGCCCAGAGUCCCAUUCAGCAGCUGGAUUUAAUCACAGACUUGCUCGGGACUCCUCCACUGUCGGCUUUGGCAUCGGCUUGUGAAGGGGCCAGAGCCCACAUCCUCAGGGGACCUCACAAACCGCCAUCGCUGUCGGUGCUCUACAUGCUUUCUGACGGAGCCACACAUGAGGCAGUGCACCUGCUCUGUCGGAUGCUGGUCUUCGACUCGACCAAGCGGAUUUCUGGUAGCGACGCCCUGUCCCACCCGUACCUGGAUGAAGGGCGUCUGCGCUACCACACCUGCAUGUGUCAGUGCUGCUACUCUGUUCCCAGUGGCCGAGUUUACACCCGCGAUUUUGAGCCGGUGGCCGAGCGGCCAUUCAGCCACAGCUACGAGAACAGUCUGCUGUCUGUGUGGCAGGGCAAAGAGUUGAUCCAUCGAUUCAUCACGGAGCACCAGCAGGGCAAACGCGUGCCGCUGUGCAUCAACCCUCAGAGUGCUGCCUUCAAGACCUUCAUCAGGUCCACGGCGUGGCACUCAUCCAAGGUGUCCAGGAAAGAGGAGAGAUGAGCAGCCCUCUGUCUGCCCAGAUGACAUGAUUGGCUGUGGCUUCAAAAGAUCCUGAAGGUUUUGGGUCUCUUUUUUGUUUUUCUGGCAAGAUGCAGCUGGGAAAUGACACACAACCUACCACCUGUUACUUUUUUUUCCUCCUUCUUUUGUUUUCACCCACAAGAGUUCAAAUCUCCACAUAUUAUGAGCUCCCAGAAUCACAGAAUAAUACACUUUAUGAAGACCCAAGCGGCGGUCGCUCUGGGCCUUUUUUUUGGUGCUGAAUCAAAAAAUGAGAUGCCACUGAAGUUCUUGAGGCACAGUAUGUAUGAAAACUGAACUUGGUACUAGAUUGGAUUUUCUGUGUCUUCGUGGAGAUUUUAAGAAAUUGUGAUUUUUUUUUAUUUUUUUUUUUAAUUGUUAGAAUGAUUGCUUCAUUGAUUGUUGAAUUCAUUCCAGCCCUGUGCAAUAUGGAUUAAUAGAAAACUGUGUGUUCCUCAGUAACAGUCACGCCAACAUCAACCAUCAAUUUGUAGAACAUUAUUCACACUGAACACCAUCAGGGUUAGCUUUGUUUUUGUGUUUGCAUUUGAAUACAUCUCUCACUGUGUUUUUGUCGCUCAGCGGCGAUUAGUACAAAUAAUGCAAUUUAAUAUAUGUAGCAGAUUUUCACCACUGGCAGGUUUACAGGUUUGGCUUCACACACACACACACACACCCCCACCCCCCCCCCAAUGUACACACGCACCCAAACCACCACCAUGACGAGGGUCAAAUCCUGCAUCAGUGUUAAACCACCUUACCUUCUCUUCAGAAUAAAAGCCUGCGAUUAGAGAAUGCUGGGAAAUAAAUCAUCAGGGAUACAAAGAGACACGGAACUGUCUGAAGCCGGGCAGCACAUUACUCCCAGCAGCUUUGUUUUUUUUUAUUUUUUAUAAGUGCUGGUGACUGUUUAAAUUGAUAAACAUUUUCUGAAGAUUAAAAAAAAUUGGCUUGUUUCUUUUUAAUCUAAUUUGUUUU